AUGGCAGACGAGUCGGCAAUCCUCCUGGACAGCCGGCCGCGGCCCAAGCCGAAAGUUUCCACACGGACUGAAUUACCUGGACCUUCGGUACCAAAAGGCACGGUCAGCGUUUGGAGUGUCUUGAAGAGUUUAAUCGGAAAGGUAAUAUUACUUUAUUUAAAUCAAAUUACAGAACCUUUUGUGAUUUUUACUAUAAUAUUAAACUUUACUUUGCGAACUACAGGAGCUUUCUCGGAGCACGUUACCUAUUGGUCUAAAUGAACCAAUCACUUUCCUCCAACGACUGGCAGAAUACAUGGAACACAGUGAUCUACUGGCGCAAGCUACUCAAAGUGACGACCCUCAGCUUAGAAUCGAGGUAAGUGGUGCUACCUAACUGUUACAUAUAUUACUGAAUGACACAAAAAUACUUACCAUAUUAGUAUGACAGUAACAAUAUCUAGGCAGUAAUAUCUAAGGCCAUUAUUUAUAGUUGAUCGCAGCCUUUGCGGCCUCGACUUUGUCCAGUAUCCGACUGACAAAGCCCUUCAACCCUCUGCUGCACGAGACCUACGAACUGAAUCGUCCUGAAUUAGGCUUCAACUUCAUCGCUGAACAAGUGUCACAUCAUCCCCCGAUCUCCGCCUUCCACGCCCAGUCCAAGACGUUCGAGUUCAGUGGUACUGUCGCUCCGAAGGUCAAGUUCUGGGGUCGAUCGAUCGAAUGUGAUCCUGGAGCCGCCUUCACGUUGAAGUUGCUACGGUAACCAUGUUUGUAACUUUUUACAGUUAAUAGUCAUUUGAGUAUUGACAAUCGUAUACGUAAUAUAAGUUUGGUUUUAGAAAGGAAGGCAUCGAAAUCUACACUUGGAAUGCGACCAGUUGUGUCAUAUACAACAUCAUCAUGGGGACGAUGUACAUUUGUGCCGUAAGAGUAUUACUGUUAGAAACAUAAAGUAAAUUUGUCAGUAAUAUGUACAUUAUGUUUAGAAUGGCCACAUGACUAUCAUCUCCCACUCCACACCGUACGAAGCCAAGCUACACUUCAAAGGCGCAGGUUCAGGAAGGGCUGAUUUGCUUAUGGAAGGUGAUGUAUUCAUGCAGUAAGUUACUGUAGUUAAGCAACAAGCUGUGAUAGAGGUAUAUUAGUAGUAGAUGACAUCUUAAAUCGUAAAAUGAGUUGAGACUACUGUAACUAAAUUUUAGCAAAACUAAGGUCAGCAAAGUGUACGGUAAUUGGGCACACUUUAUAGCCAGCAUGCCCUACAAGAUCUACAUGGACAAUGCUGCGACAUACGAACAAAACUUCAGGAAGCAUUGCGACAGUCUCGUUGAGGUAAGUUUCAGAUAAUCAUAUUUUCGAAACGUACUUUAAUAAAUUUUUUGUCUCAUAAAGUAGAUUUUUUACAAUUUCUUUACAACUACUACAAUAAGUAGAAGCUAAAGCAACAUAUUGAAUCUACUUUGUACAUAACCAUCUUAGACUUGUCCGAUUGUCAUGUUCAAAGAUUCUAAGCUGUUAUGGAGCUCGAUCGAACGUCCUCCACGGUCAGAGUACUUCUACAACUUCAAUUACUUCACCAUGAUGCUGAACGAGAUGCCCGAGAAUUCAGCAUCCCUUCCCAAGACCGACUGCCGAUUCCGACCAGAUUUGAAGUACUUUGAGUUGAGCGAAUUCAGUAAGUUAAUAUUAUUAAUACUCUAUGUUUAAUUAUAGUUUAAUGUUGUUAUAUUUAUUAACCUUUAUAUCUCUUGUAGGUAAGGCCGAGUACGAGAAGAACCGACUGGAAGAGAAGCAGCGAGCAGCUCGAAAACGAUCCAAGAAAAGCAAAAAAGACAAGGAGGGAAAGUAAGAACAACAUCCAAAACACAAAAUCAUUUAACAUUUUCCUUAUAAUAUAUUCACGCGAUAUUGUUUUAGGUGGUUCAAGUACGUUGGAAAGGACGCGUUUGGUCGUGACAAUCAAUGGGAGUUUGACGACACUUACUGGACCCGCUCUGUCUCUACUGUAUCCGAAACUGACGAUAUAUUUUGA